AUGAUGCUCAGCGGUUCAGUGGACAUGCCCAGCCCCGGGGGGAUGAGUGUGGCUUCGGGCCGCAAUGUGAUACGCAGCUCAAGUAUCAGUGGCACCAUGUACAGCCUGGAGAAGAGCCCGAGUAGCACCGGACCCGACACUGGCGGGAAUAAAAAACGCCGCUCCAGCCUUGGGGCCAAGAUGGUGGCCAUCGUGGGCCUUUCACAGUGGAGCAAGAGUACACAGCAACUCAACCAACAAGAUGGAGCAACCAAGAAGCUACGUAGCACGAUCAGGAGGAGCACGGAGACGGGCAUCGCCGUGGAGAUGAGGAACCGUGUGACGCGGCAGGGCAGUAAGGAGUCAACGGAUGGAAGUACUAACAGUAACAGCUCAGAAGGAACUUUCAUCUUCCCUACCAACCGACUGGGCCCAGAGAGCCAGUUCAGCGACUUCCUGGAUGGCCUUGGCCCCGCCCAGAUUGUUGGCCGUCAAACAUUAGCAACACCUCCAAUGGGCGAUGUUCAUAUCAGCGUGAUGGAUCGAGGUGGUCAAAUCGAGGUGGAAAUCACCCAAGCCAGGGGUUUAACCCCUAAACCAGGCUCAAAGAACAUUCCAGCAACAUAUGCAAAGGUGUAUGUCCUGGAGAAUGGAGCGUGUCUCUCCAAGAAGAAAACCAAAGUGGUGAAGAAAACUCUGGACCCAACCUACCAGCAAACACUGCUGUUUGAUGAAAGCCCUCAGGGCAAAGUGUUACAGGUGAUUGUGUGGGGCGAUUACGGCCGCAUGGACACCAAGUGCUUCAUGGGAAUGGCCCAGAUCCUCCUGGAUGAGCUGGAUUUGUCCUCCAUGAUUGGCGGCUGGUAUAAGUUGUUUCCCACUUCCUCUCUCGCCGAGCCCAGCAUCGGCCAGCUGACCCGACGCCUCUCACAGUCCUCACUCGAGAGCGCCACCAGCCCCUCAUGUCCCUAA